AAUGGUGUAUAUAUAUACAAACCCUGUCAUAUGCGUAUAUAUCGAUACUGAUACUGAUAUGAACUGUACCUGUAAGUUCGAUUCAGUCUUUAUCUUCGACUCUCACUUUAAUCUUCACGUAUAUGUUUUGGAAUAUUUGUGUCUGAGUGUCUGAAUCAGAAACCCUAAUUCUCAAGUUUGGUAUCAUCCGGGGACUUGAAAGAUCUAAUUUUUAGGUUUGGAUCAGAAUUUGUUGAUGUAAUGGCGGAUCAAGAGGAUGAGGAUUUGAAGAUGGCGUUGAGGAUGAGUCUGCAGAGCGACUCUCCGGAGCCGAAGAGGAGCAAGCCGGGAGAAAACGCCGUGGGCGGGGAAGAAGAGGAGUCGUCGGAGGUGAGGAACCGCCGGAAGCAACGGGAGCUGAUGGCGGCCGCUGCCGAGAAGCGGAUGAUGGCCGCCGCGAAGCAUGCCGCUGACGCUGCGGCAGCUACAGUGGUUGGAACUGUGGAAAUGAGAGGGGCGAUCGCUGCGAAACAAGAGAAGCCCGGUGGUUCAAGUGCUGGAAUAGAUAAGGCUCUUAAUUUGGUCAAGCGUGAGGAUAAAAAUGUCAACUUGGGGAAAGAGUUAUCUGUUGCGGAGGCUGGGCAGUUGUUCUCGUUGAUUUUCGGCAGUGAAGUCACGAAAGAAGUACUUAGGCAGUGGAGUAAUCAGGGCAUUAGGUUUAGUUGUGAUCCAGAAACAUCUAUGGGUUUAGUGCAGCAUGAAGGUGGGCCAUGUGGUGUACUAGCAGCAAUUCAAGCUUUUGUUCUAAAAUACCUUUUAUUUUCCAUGGAGGAGUUGAAUACUGCAAUGUCAAGCAUAUCAACAAAUACAGGCUUGAGAGGAUUUUCCAAACAUGAAUAUGUAGGUGCUGAUAAUUUUUCUUCUCUUACCGAGGACAAAAAAUCAAUAGCAUUGGUGAGAAGUAUGGCCGAGAUAUUGUUUUCAUGUGGAACUAAUGGAAGGGCUGUUAUAGCAUCUUUGAGAAUUCUCGAUGGUGACCUUGAAGGGUCUGUUGACAGCUCAAGGGAUGAGGUCAUUGCAAAAGCGCUUGACGGUCUUACAAUUGAAUCAGGCUUGGACUUCCACAAUGUUCUAAGUGUUAAUGAAUACACUUCACCAGCAAGUGCACUUGAAAGGAUCGAAGCAAUGCUUCCUGUAUACCGGAGUCGUAUGGGAGCAAUGCUUUUCCUCAUAUCUGCUUUGCUAUCUCGAGGAAUGGAUUCUGUUCAGGCUGACAGGGAUGAUCCCUCUCAACCAUUGGUUACUGCUCCUUUUGGGCAUGCUUCUCAGGAAAUUGUAAACCUAUUGCUAUGUGGAAGGGCUGUGGCAAAUGUUUUUGAUGGGAUGAUGGACUUAGGUGGUGGCAUGUUUGUGAAGGGUAUAUCCACAACUGUUGAAGUUGGAUUCCUUACUCUGCUAGAAUCCCUAAACUACUGUAAGGUUGGGCAGUAUUUGAAGUGCCCAAGGUGGCCGAUUUGGGUUGUUGGUAGCGAAUCUCAUUAUACGGUCCUAUUUGCUCUUGAUACCAAAGUUCAAGAGGAGAAUGAACUUGAGGGUAGAGAAUCACAGAUCCGACGAGCAUUUGAUGUGCAUGAUCAAAGCGGUGGUGGAGGGUUCAUCGGUGUGGAAGGUUUCCACCAAGUCCUUCGGGAUACCAAUAUUAUUCUCCCAGCUGAGAAGCUCGAGCAACUUUGCAACACGGGAUUCAUCGUGUGGAGUGAAUUUUGGCAGAUUCUUUUGGAUCUCGACAAGAAUCUUGGAGGAUUGAAAGAUUCUAGUGGCUUAUCGGGGAAAAAGGUUUUUGAUCUUUAUCACUUCAAUGGGAUUGCAAAAUCAGUUAUGAACGGGAACCAGCCGUCGUCUGGAAGAGAAAUUCCCCUACAAAGACCAAGACUAACUAAGUUGAGGGUCUCAGUUCCCCCGAGGUGGACUCCAGAAGAAUUUAUGUCAGACGUUCCGGCUAAAAUUGAUCCCGGGGCAAAGGACACAGUCACUGAAGUGUCUAAACCCGAGCCUUCUCAACACGCUCCUUUAGUCGACUGCAUCCGGACACGCUGGGCGCGUGCCACUUGUAGUUGGGAAGGCGAUGCACCCAGUAUAGUCUGAUCGGUUUAAGAACAACCCCGUCGAUACAACAGGAGCAUAAGAUCUGGAAGCAAGUGAGCAUGAAGGGAUUGGAAGAGAUCAUUUCAAGCUAUGAGUUUUGUACCAGAGAGGCAGGGAUUCAACAUUGUACUAGUGUAAUUUUAUGACUCCAAUUUGGUUUGAAACAGUCCUAUUCCGAGGGAACAAGGACGAUUUGUGUUCCCAUUAUCUUUUCUUUUCCGACCUCUAGGGGAUUUGAUUUAUUAUAUGCGUUGGAUAUUAAUUUGUUUUUUUCCCCAAUUUUUUUUUUCUUUUUUCUGUACAAGGGGAGGCAGAUGGAUGAAUAAUCGUAGAAUUGGUUGGUUGGUUAUAUAGAGAUUGGUUGUUGUAACUGUAAAAACCCUCCCCUCUAUUUGUAAUGAAUUGAAAUCUGCUGAAUAGCA